UGCUGUUCAGGACGAGCAGCAGCGCCGAUCAUACAUUCGGCUCUUAGCGCUCGGCUGGUCAACAGCUUCCGCAAACUACGGGUUUCUCGCUCGUACGGACGCCCAGUCUGCGGAUUACCGGGCUCGCGGGUGGCAGCAGGGUGCGUGUUGACGGUGCAGCUGCAGUGGUGGGUUCUACUGUAGAGACUGUAAAUGGGGAACAGCGCUCUAAAAGCUCAUUUAGAGACUUCUCAGAAAACUGGGGUCUUCCAGCUGACUGGAAAAGGCCUGCAGGAGUUCCCGGAAGAGCUACAGAGGCUUACUGGAAACCUGCGGACAGUCGACCUGUCCAGCAACAAAAUAGAGGUGCUGCCGGCGUUCAUAGGAAGCUUCCAGCAGCUGAAAAGCCUCACCAUAAACAGUAACAAGCUAACUAAUCUGCCGAAUGACAUCGGGAAACUGAAGAAGCUGGAAACUCUUAUGUUGAAUGGAAACCUGCUCCAGCAGCUGCCUGCCUCCGUGGGCCAGCUUAAAGCCCUGCGCACCCUCAGCCUCUCCGGGAACCAGUUCAGGGAGUUUCCCACCGGCCUCGGCUCUCUCCGCCACCUGGAUGUCCUGGACCUGUCCAAGAACGGAAUUCAGGCCGUGCCGGCAGAGGUGGCUGAACUGCAGGCGAUCGAAAUCAACCUCAACCAGAAUCAGAUUUCAGCUCUGUCCCCAGAAGUGUCGCGCAGUCCCAGACUGAAGGUGCUGAGGCUGGAAGAGAACUGCCUGGAACUUCACUCCAUCCCCACCUCCAUCCUCACCAACUCCAGCGUCUCCCUGCUCUCUCUGGAGGGCAACCUGUUCGAGGUGAAGAAGCUGAGGGACCUAGACGGAUACGAUAAGUACAUGGAGCGCUUCACGGCAACCAAGAAGAAGUUCGCUUGACGGAGGGAGCGCUGCCCCCUGGUGUCGGCUGCCUGAAUCAGGCCCCACUGUUAGAGCGUUCGGGGCUCUGUGUGUGUCUGCCUGCGCAGGCUGGGUGAGGAGUGCAGCGCGGAGGAGAGAACUGCUUUAAUGCAUGCUAAACCCACAGAGCUGAGUCUCCCGCUGUACGGAGCGUACAGCCAACCUCGGCUACCGUGCAGGGAACACCUGAGUGACGGCACACGCCUUUCCUUUUCCCAUUCAUAAACGUCUUAUAACCACCGAGAGCUGCUCGCAUUUACACCAGCUAAUAGGCGCCUGUGUAUCUGUACGGAGUAGAAUUCAGAAUAAAGCUACUAACCUAUUUACACUGAUUACAGGAGGAGUUCAGCGAAAAACUGACCCCUUACUACACAUGUAGUCCAUCAGCAGAGGAGCGUUUAGUGUUCGGAGUCCGAGUCGGGCUCCCUCGGUGUCCGAGUCGGGCUCCCUCGGUGUCCGAGUCGGGCUCCUUCGGUGUCCGAGUCGGGCUCCCUCGGUGUCCGAGUCGGGCUCCCUCGGUGUCCGAGUCGGGCCCCUUCGGUGUCCGAGUCGGGCCCCUUCGGUGUCCGAGUCGGGCUCCCUCGGUGUCCGAGUCGGGCUCCCUCGGUGUCCGAGUCGGGCUCCUUCGGUGUCCGAGUCGGGCUCCUUCGGUGUCCGAGUCGGGCUCCCUCGGUGUCCGAGUCGGGCUCCUUCGGUGUCCGAGUCGGGCCCCUUCGUGUGUCCGAGUCGGGCCCCUUCGGUGUCCGAGUCGGGCCCCUUCGGUGUCCGAGUCGGGCCCCUUCGGUGUCCGAGUCGGGCUCCCUCGGUGUCCGAGUCGGGCUCCCUCGGUGUCCGAGUCGGGCUCCCUCGGUGUCCGAGUCAGGCUCCCUCGGUUAAGCGAUGGAGCUCUGAGGUCAGUACUGCUAACAAACACUAGAAGUCAAUAGUCACCCAAAUAAUUUGCGUUAACUUGCUUCCAGGUCUUCAUUAAGGUGGUGCAUACAUGUAGAUGUGGUAUAGGACACAGCAGACACGGGCAAUAUGGCAGAAACGUUACAUCACAGCAUGUUAAGAGGUUUUUAUGAUAUACGACGUCACAACAUGCACAGACAGUAUCCAUGAUAAUCCCAGAGAUGGGGCUCAGUGAUUUGGGGAAAAUAUCUAAUUGCAGUUUUUUUUUCAGACUAAUAAUGCAACAGCGAUUUAAACUGAUUUAUUAUUAUUAUUAUUAUUAUAAAUUUCAGGUUCAGACCUGUUGUUUUUUGCCACUUUUUCUGGCUUGAGGCUUCACUCCUGAGUGUAAAGUGAAUCCCGAAGCCCAGUGAGACGAGUGAGGCCAAACAGCUACUCUUCUGGCGAAGCUGGUGGAUUAUUCUCAGUGGAAACACGACGGGCUGCGAAACCGCAGUCCACACCAACCUCAUCCAUUUAUAAUCCCCAUCACAUUCAUCAUUAUUAUUUAACAUACCUGAUGAAACCAGUCUGAUCAUUUUCACUGCCUGAUUCUCAGGAUUUCAGUGUCGGCA